AUGUCUACUACAACAACUGUCCAAGUUGAAACGCCACCCGCCGUGGAGAGCAUCGAACUCCGGCAUCUCGGCCCCGGCGCUUCAACCAGCCGCCGAAUCAGCACCGAGUCCAAAGAGGCAUCACACGUGGAGGCGGCACCGCAUGUUUCAGACGGCCAUGACGGGGGUGAACCGCCGCCGGGUGCUCUUGCGGAGACUGAGAGGUGGAAUCGGCCUGUUAAGAACAUUGGCCGGCUUGCGUUUGCGUUUGUGUCGUUUGCCAUUGCGGGGAUGAAUGAUGCUGCAGUUGGCGCUUUGAUUCCAUAUCUAGAAGAGUACUACAACCUCAGUUACACCGUCAUAUCCCUAAUCUUCCUCACACCUUUUGUUGGCUACUCUAUCGCCGCCUUCACCAAUGCCCGCAUCCACGUCCUCCUUGGCCAGCGAGGUGUGGCCAUUAUGGCACCUAUCUGCCAUCUCAUCACGUUUGCUGUCCUUGCUUCGCAUCCUCCAUAUCCUGCUCUUGUUGUGUGCAAUGCCAUCAGCGGAUUUGGAAAUGGUCUGACGGAUGCGUGCUUUUGUGCCUGGGUCGGCAACAUGGACAAAGCGAAUACAAUUCAGGGUUUCCUGCAUUCGUGCUAUUCGCUCGGUGCAUUGUUCUCACCGCUGAUAGCUACCUCGAUGGUAGUUAAGGGUGGUUUGCCAUGGUAUACCUUUUAUUAUCUCAUGAUUGGCAUGUCUGGUCUGGAAUUUGCUGGACUUGUCAUGGUCUUCUGGGACAAGACUGGCGCGGUAUAUCGAGAAGAGCAUGCACGCGAGAAUGCGGAUGCUGGAACUGCCGGCGCAGGCACUCGUGAGGCAAUGAAGUCGAAAGUCACCUGGCUUUGCGCACUCUUCUUCUUUGCCUACAUGGGCGUGGAAGUUGGUCUCGGAGGUUGGGUCGUCACAUUCAUGCUCCGAGUUCGCCAUGCUUCGGCAUAUGCAUCUGGAAUUUCAGGCUCAGGCUUCUGGGCGGGUAUGGCGCUUGGCCGAGCUGUCUUGGGAUUCGUGACAGAGCGGUUUGGCGAGAGGCUUUGCCUAUCCAUUUAUCUUGGUAUCUGUCUCGGCCUCCAGUUGCUAUUCUGGCUUGUUCCCCAGUUUGUCGUUUCUGCCGUUGCCGUCGCCUUUCUGGGCUUCUUCCUGGGCCCGAUGUUCCCCGGAGCUGUCAUGGUAACCGCCAAACUUUUGCCAAAACGCAUCCAUGUCAGCGCUAUUGGGUUUGCCAUGGCUAUGGGAGGCACUGGAGGCACAGUAUUUCCUUUCAUAAUUGGUGCUAUUGCGUCUCACAAGGGUGUUUCCGUCUUACAGCCCAUUAUUCUGGCGCUCAUUGCUGUGAUUGCCGCAGUUUGGCUGAGUUUUCCCCGUAUUCAGAAGCGGGAUUGA